AUGGCCACCCAGCAUACCGCUGUGAUGGAGCCAUUCAAUAUUGAGGCGGAGAUAGCCUCUUCCCUCGAUGACAUGAGUGAAGGCGAUCUUCGUUCGUUCGCGGAGCUGCACGAAGAUCCCGAAAAUGACGACCAAAUCGAACUCCAUAUCUACACCUGUUUCCUCAUCUUCACGAGAACACGCUCAACAGAGCAUCUUGAACAAGCCAUUCAACGAACGGAAGGAUGGAUCGCAGUAACGGCUACAGACCACCCGGAUCGCACUCGGCGAUUUCAAAUUCUCGAUAUGAUGUCGGCCCGGAUGAGCCAGCGGGCGAUGCUCGGAAGCUUGCUCGGCACGCGAUUCGAACGGACCGGUUCGAUGGACGAUCUCAACCGUGCCGUCGAGGUCGCUAACAUGGCGGUGGAUGCCACGCCUCAAAACCACCCCAAUCGAGCUGGCUGGUUAAGCAACCUUGGAAACCAUCUCGGCAGGCGAUUCGAACGGACCGGUCCGAUGGACGAUCUCAACCGUGCCGUCGAAGUCGCCAACAUGGCGGUGGAUGCCACGCCCCAAAACCACCCCGAUCGAGCUGCCAUGUUAUACAACCUUGGAAACUGGCUCGGCACGCGAUUCGAACGGACCGGUUCGAUGGACGAUCUCAACCGUGCGCUUUCCUCCUACAAAGAAGGCUGGAGUUGCCGUACCGCUCCCCCAUCUAUUCGUAUUCGCUCCGCUCGGCAAGCUGCCACAAUUCUCGCCUCGCAGUCAAAUUGGCAAGAAUCAAGUGGGCUGCUUCAUGAAGCCGUCAACCUCCUCCACGCUGUUAGCCCACGAUCGUUGAAGCACACCGACAAGCAGCACAUGCUCGCAAACUUUGCUGGCUUGGCUUCUAUGGCAGCGGCCACUGCUUUAAAUGCGGGGAGCGGCGCAUUUCAUGCUUUGCAGCGCCUUGAACUCGGUCGCGGCAUUAUUGCUGGGCUGUUGAUGGACAUGCGCGGAGAUAUUUCCGAUCUCAAACGAAAGCACCCCAAUUUGGCAGAUGAAUUCAUAGCCCUUCGAGAUGAGCUAGACUCGCCAGCGGACCGACCAACUUCUGCGCUUUCUAGCGAUGGCACAUCUUCAUGGGAGUCGCAAGCGAAGCGACGUCGUGAAGCAGACCAAAAAUUCGGCGAGCUCAUCACGAGCAUUCGUGCUCAGCCAGGAUUUGACGGCUUUCUCCGUCCGCCGGCUGCAGGUAACCUGAUGGCCGCGGCCAAUCCGGACCCUAUUGUCGUCAUCAACCUAAGCCCGUAUCGCUGCGAUGCGUUCUUGAUCGAGCGCGACCGGAUCAGGGUGCUGGAAUUGCCUGACCUGACAAUGGAAGAAGUCCAGAAACGGGCCCAGGAUCUUCGAUUUUCUCGCGCAACAGGCUCUUUCCACAUCUUACCUCUGCUGGAAUGGCUCUGGGAUGCCGCCGCUCGUCCUUGUAUAGACGCGCUUGGUUUGAAGAACCCCGUCUCUGAUGACAACUGGCCUCGCGUGUGGUGGAUUCCUACAGGACUCCUCAGCCAGAUGCCCCUUCACGCAGCGGGAAGACACGUGCGAGGUUCUACCGAGACAGUGCUGGACAGAGUUAUGUCGUCAUACGCCUCGUCUGUCAAGGCAUUAAUACACGGACGUCAACACCCUGUUCGAAGGUCCGCCGGGCCAUUCUCUGAUUGCGCUCUCCUGGUUGCCAUGCACGAAACACCAAAUCUGUCGGGCAACGGAAUCCUCCCGUUUGCUGCAAACGAAGUGAAGAUGCUAAAGAAUCUCUGUCGUGAGCUCCAAUUAUGGUCGCUCACACCGAUUCUGCGCAAGGACAAUGUGCUCAAACACCUGCAAACAUGCAAGAUAUUCCACUUUGCCGGCCACGGGCAGUCGGACCCGGCCGAGCCUUCACGAAGCUGUCUGCUCCUCGAGGACUGGAAAACGAGCCCGCUCACUGUGGGAGACCUCCGCGACCACAGGCUCCAGGAGAAGGCGCCGUUUCUUGGGUUCCUUUCGGCCUGCUCGACCGGAGCCAACAAGGCGGCGCAACUCGCCGACGAGGGAAUCCACCUUGUCAGCGCCUUCCAACUGGCGGGCUUCCGGCACGUGGUGGGAACGCUCUGGGAGGUCUCGGACAAGCACUGUGUUGAUGUGGCGAGGGUGCUCUAUGAGACCCUGCGGGACGAAGGGAUGACGGAUGUGGCGAUCUGUCGAGGGCUCCAUCGAGCGGUUCGAACGCUACGUGACGGGCGAACCGAGAGGCGACAGGAGGCAAGAGAUGGCCAUUCCGACCUGAUCAGCCACUUCUUGACGGUCGACCCGGAGAUGCGUUACAUAAUAACCGAGUUCUUGGCGCACCCUUGGAUCCGCGGCUUAGGUCCGACGCCGCGCGAUGACAAGAAAUUCCCUCCGGACGGCAUGCUCCGAGCCUUUGACGCUAGCAAGUUGAAGGACGGAGACCGCCGCUACGACUUCCGCUCGCCCGGCGCCGUCAACCUGCGCGAGGUGUUUGACGUCGGCUAUGCCGUCCACCGACAGGAGGAGGGCAAGCGCCGCGACUCGAGCAUGCGCGACACCAGUAGCGACGAGAGCCGCGAGUAUGCCCACAGGACCGGCAACGCUACCCAGCAGCUAGAGCAGAGCAUGCGCGCCACAAACAUCCGCGACCAGGAGCGCGGCCGCGAACGUGAAAGCCACAAAGGGGCGCCAACCGCCGUCGCGGCCGAGUCACAGCAACGGGGCUACGGCCAGCAUUCAGCAGCGGUCACGGCGGCAGCGAGGCAGCAGGUCCACGAAUUUAACAAUCCUACCGGGGUCGAUAAUGUUGCGCUUGAACUCGCCGAUCGCGAUGGGAACUCUGAUGACAUUGAAUCUGGAGGAAAAGAGCACGUCGACGGAAUUAUUCACAGGCGUUGCGGUCAGGGGCUUCGCGUGGGACGCCUGAAGCAGCUCCGGAUUGUGGCCCCAGGCGGCCAGGACGACAUUGGAGACCUCGUCGUUGAACCAGCCGGCCACAUCCUCCUCCAUUUUCAGCCGUCAGCUUUUAUAGUUGGGGGGAUACGCGCGCUCGCGCCAGCGAACCUCGUCGUCCUCGUCCAGUUCCAGGAAAGCGGUUCGAAGUUUGCCCAGCCCCUUUCGGAACAAGGAGUUACCCGAGUGAUGGUCGGCACCGCCGGCCCAACCGCCGUUUGGGCAGACUCCAUCGUGGCGAGAGGAGUGGAAGGGAGAGAAGACCUCGAUCGACGUAGAGUCCCAAGAGAAGCCGGGGGCAAGUCCAUUCCCGCCUCCCGUGUCCUUAGCCAGGAGACUUUGUACAACAUUAUAAAUAACGGGGUCGGCACGUAUUUGCCAGCUCGUGGCAACUUAAUGCCGCUACCUGGGUCGGGGGACACGUUUAUGGGCCGGGGACCCAUCGACCAGGAUCCGUUUGCCGAGCUCUUCGCGAGGCCUCCCAUCGCGGACGGCGCCGAAGUUAAGGAUCUAAAGGGGGAGAUCGACUGUUAG